AUGCGUGAGAUCCUUCACAUUCAAGGUGGUCAAUGCGGCAACCAGAUUGGUGCCAAGUUCUGGGAAGUGGUCUGCGCUGAGCAUGGCAUCGACCCCACCGGAAGGUACGGCGGCGACACCGAUCUUCAGCUCGAGAGGAUCAAUGUGUACUAUAACGAGAGUGGUGCUGGGAACAAUUGGGCUAAAGGGCACUACACGGAGGGUGCCGAGCUUAUCGAUUCGGUUCUUGAUGUUGUGAGAAAGGAAGCUGAGAACUGUGAUUGCUUACAAGGUUUUCAAGUGUGCCAUUCUCUGGGUGGAGGAACUGGGUCUGGAAUGGGUACCCUGUUGAUUUCAAAGAUCAGGGAAGAAUACCCAGAUAGGAUGAUGCUUACUUUCUCAGUCUUUCCAUCUCCAAAGGUUUCCGACACUGUGGUUGAACCCUACAAUGCUACUCUAUCUGUUCAUCAGCUUGUUGAAAAUGCUGAUGAAUGUAUGGUUCUUGAUAAUGAAGCCUUUUGGUGA